CACGAUUAUUUUUUAGUUUACUUAGAGCACUAUUUAUUAUUUAAAAAAACCUGUUUUCCGUAGAUUAGAUAAUUUAAUUUUUGUGUGUGUAAGAGAGAGAGAGAUGCUGAAUUGGUGAAACCAAUACGAUGUCAUUUUCGCAAUCCUUUUCAUUAGGCGAAAACACUUUGAAUCAGUUGGAUGUAUAUGCUGGUAACAUAGGUAAAAAUAUCAAUAAGAAUAGCAAAUCAUACAUUUCGCCAACGAAAAAAAUACCACCAAAACAACCGGUGGUCGUUUGUCUGCCAACAAGUUGUGAUUUUGUAAAUUCAUCUCCAAAUUCGGAUGUGAUUCGCUCAAAUAAAAUACCUGAUGUGGUCGAUGAAUCGCCAACGGAAAAAUCCAAUAUUCUUGGCAAAUCGAUCCGUGAACAAUUGAAAAAUGCAUCAACAUCAAAGAAGACCAAUCGAAAAUAUAUGCGAAGAAGUCGAUCGGAUCCAAUUACAACCAAUAGUGAUUCGAAAAUUUCUGCAUCGGCAUUGUAUAGAAAACAUGGAUUUACAGAAGAUUUUGCUUCAAUGUUUGAAAACACAAUGGAUUUGGAUGAAAUGGAUAAUGAUCGCGCAAAUCGGAAAACCAAAAUUAAAUUACAUGCAAAAUUUGAAGAAGAUGAUUUUGAUAAAUACAUGCAAAAUAUUCAAACGCCUAGCUUAAAUAAUGAUUGUAACGAUACCAAAAAUAGUGAUAGUUUGAUUGCUUUAAGCGAUAGUGGAGGAUCGACUCAGCAUGUCAAUGUUUCGGAAAUUGAAAGAUUGAUGCAAACUGAAAAUUUUGAGACAGCUAAAUCAUCGCCAGUUCCGUUGGCAAGUGAUGAUGAAAUAGAAUGGGAAGACUCAGCAUUUUUCAAUGAUUUGCUUGAGUCCCAAAGAAAUAGCACGAAUAAAUGUCUGGAACAGAAUAAAAUUGAAGAUGAAGCCGAUCCUGUCAUCGAUGUUGAAUGCAUUUCAAUGCAGAGUGGUCGAAACAAUUAUGAAAAAGCCGAAGAAGAUGAACUGGAAAGUUGUUUCUUAGAAAAUAGCAUUCAUUUAUCAAAUUUAAAUUCAAUCGAAAUAAAAUCCAUGAACAAAACUGGCUACACACAACUUGAUACAAGCAUUUUUUCGCAAAACAUUUCCGAACGUAUUGUUUCAAACGAAAUAAUUGCAAAAACUGAAAGUGCCGACAAUUUAUCGUUGGCACAACCGAAUAAAUUCAGCAUCGACAAUUUAUCCGAGUGGAGUUGUUCAGCGCCUAUAAUCAAAUCAUAUAAGAAAAAAGGCAUUCAUGAUAUGUUUGAAUGGCAAGCAGAAUGUUUAAAUAAUCCAAAGAUCAAAUAUGGAAAUUACAAUUUAUUGUACAGCGCCCCAACAUCAGCUGGUAAAACGUUCGUUAGUGAAGUUCUGAUGUUUCAAACGGUGUUAAAGAGACAAAAGAAAGUAAUCGUCAUUCUGCCAUUUAUAUCAGUUGUUCGAGAAAAAAUGUACUCAUUACAAGAUUUGUUACGAAGUUCUGGAAUACGAGUUGAAGGGUUUUUCGGUGGUUACACGGCACCAGGUGGAUUUGAAUCGGCCGAUAUCGCUAUUUGUACUAUUGAAAAAGCGAACGCAAUCGUCAAUCGCUUAUUGGAACAAGGAAAUAUCGACUCAAUUGGUAUGAUCGUUGUUGAUGAAGUUCAUUUAAUUUCCGAUCCAAAUCGUGGCUACAUACUGGAACUACUUCUCACCAAAGUUCUAUUUUGCUCGCGUAAGCUGAACACAAACAUUAGACUUGUAGCCAUGUCAGCCACGAUAUCUAACUCAACAGCAUUACUACAAAAUUGGCUGAAUGCAGAAUUUUAUUUAACGAAUUACCGUCCAAUUGAGUUGCAUGAAAUGAUCAAAAUAGGAAAUAGUAUUUUCAAUAAUACAAUGAAUUUGGUGCGAAUGGUUUCAAAUGAGGAGUACUCCAUGAUCGAAAAUGAUCCCGAUCAUAUUGCACAGUUAUGUAUUGAGACGAUUGUAAAUGGAGCGGCGGUUAUUAUUUUUUGUCCAUCAAAAGAUGGGUGUGAAAAUUUGGCACUGCAUGUGGCACAAAAUAUAUACAAAUUGGGAAAAAGUCAAACGAACAUUGGGGAGAGAAUACGUAAAGCAAUCAAUAUGCCGUUGAUUGAAGAGGUAAAGGGACAUUUACGAAAUUCAUCAGCAGGUUUGGAUUCCAUAUUGGAAAAGACGAUUUCAUACGGCGUAUCUUUUCAUCAUGCUGGACUAACAUUCGACGAACGAGACAUAAUCGAAAGUUCGUUUUGUAAAUCAUCGAUUCGAGUGAUUGUUGCGACGAGUACUCUAAGUUCAGGCGUCAAUUUGCCUGCGCGCCGAGUCAUAAUUCGAUCGCCAAUGUUUGGCGGUAAACCAAUGUGUUCGCUAACAUACAAACAAAUGUGUGGAAGAGCCGGACGAAUGGGAAAGGAUACGGAAGGUGAAUCGAUUUUAAUUUGUACCAACAACAAUGCAAAAGUUGGUCAAGAAUUGAUUGGAGCUGCAUUAAAGCCAAUCACUUCAUGUCUAUCGACCGAUAAUCACACGCAUCUGAAGCGAGCACUUUUGGAGAUAAUUGCCUCUGGCGUAGCGACAACUCGAACUGAACUGGAAGAAUUUGUAAAGUGUACGUUGUAUCACUCGGAGCAUAGGUUCGAGAUUAAAUAUUUUGAAGUUAUUUUGGACGAAUACAAAGCAAAGAUCAAAUCGAAAAAGAAAACCGAUUUCUCAAACGAUAGUCUUGUCUACACAAAUGUCAAUGACACAGAUUUUGUUGGUAAAUGUAUGAGAUUUUUGGAGCGAUACGAAUUUAUUCAAUUGCAAUUCGAUGACAAAAUUCAAGAGUUAAAAUUUAUUCCAACUCGUCUUGGUUAUGCUUGUUUGGCAUCAUCAAUGCCGCCAAGCGAUGGUUUCUUUCUGUUCUCUGAGCUACAAAAGGCUCGUCAAAAUUUUGUGCUUGAAACGGAGCUACAUGCUAUUUAUCUAGUGACACCAUUCUCAGUCUGUUAUCAGUUACAAGAUAUUGAUUGGUUAUUUUAUUUGGAUAUGUGGGAAAAAUUAUCGACUGCCAUGCAACGUGUUGGCCAUUUAGUCGGGGUUAAAGAAUCGUUCCUUGUGCGAGCAAUGCGAGGUUCCAAAGGUGUAGAUCACUCAACAUUACAAAUACAUAAACGUUUUUACACCGCUGUUGUUCUACAUGAUUUGAUCAAUGAAUGUCCAUUGAAUGAAGUUGCUGUAAAAUAUAAACUUAAUCGAGGUACAUUGCAAAGUUUACAACAAACUACAUCAACAUUUGCUGGCAUCGUAAAAUCAUUUUGCAAAGCGCUCAAUUGGGAUAUGUUAGCAUUGAUUAUUGCACAAUUUCAAGAUCGUAUAUUUUUCGGUGUUCAUCAGGAUCUAAUUGAACUUAUGAAAAUUUCGGUUCUAAAUGGUCAACGUGCACGAACGCUUUACAAAGCGGGCUAUGAAACUCUAGUUGGUAUUUCACAGGCCAAUGUACUUGACAUCGAAAAAUGUUUAACGGAUUCUAUUGGUUUUGAUGUGCAAAAACGGAAUGGUGAAACAACAUACGAUGCUGAACAACGAAAUAAGCAGCGAUUGUUAUUUGUCACUGGGCGUGCAGAUUUAUCGGUGAAAGAGGCGGCCAAAAUGAUAAUUGAUGAAGCUCGCGAAUAUCUUUGCAAUGAAAUGGGCAUAAAAAAUAUUAAUUGGUCUCAAUCAGUUGAAAAUGAAGUCAAAAGACCGAGCGUUGCUUCCGCAGAAACUGUUGAAAUCGAUAUGGCAUGCUAUCGAUCUCAGAAAAGGCGCAUUUCUUUAGAUGCAGAAGUGGCAACACCAACUAAAAGACGAAAUCACGGUCAAAUAAUCGAAGCCGAAGUGAAUUCAAUGGAUGAAUCAAGUGAAAACAGUGAUGUCGAUUCAAUUAUGCUUGAUAGUUCAAUUUCUUUCUACAAUGAUGAAAAUGAUGAUUUCAUGGAACAAUUACGGCUAGAAGGAAACAAACCAAAUUUGGCAAAUGAAAAACAAAAUCUUGCACAUGGUGCACCAUGUCUUCAAAUCAUUGAGGUUACUAAGACUGCCGACGACUUUAAUCAGUUUCUUGAAUUAUUUAAAUGUGUAACGGAAUAUGGUUUUUCCUUGGCUAUUGCUCGGUCUGUUACUUCAACCGAAUCGAAAAACUAUCGUUGUCCUAUUUCACCAGAAUUGUAUAUAUAUGGUAUUGCAUUGUCAUUCCAAGAAAAAUACAUUACACAUUUUAUCAAUCUUCAAGAUGAAGACGUUGUUGCUUUUCACGAGAAAAUCAAAUUCAUUCGGUACAUACUAGCCAAAAAGGAGCUAACUUUAAUUUGCAACGAUGCCAGAACUCAAUUGAAAACAUUAUUGAUAGCAGUAGCAGAGAUACACAGAAUUGAUUGUCAUAUAAAAGAUCCUCAAGUUGCUCAAUGGUUAAUUCAUCCAGAAGACCUUGUUAGCCGUAAAUUCAGCCAAAUGAUUAAACUUUAUGCUCCAAAAUGCAUUAAUUUAUUAUAUAAAAUUGACAAUGGGAAUCAGAGUGUAACAACAACCACAAAAAUUCGGUCAUCAAUCAAAGCCUGUGUGACUAUUCACAUCGUCCGAGAACAGUCGAAUAUUCUGAAAAAAAUGGGAGACGGUUCGAUUUUUACAGCAUUCGAAGACGUGGAAAUGCCAAUUCAAAAAUCUCUGCUCCAUAUGGAACAAACUGGAAUGUCCAUUGACCAGAAUGCAUUAAACAUAUUGAGUGAUGAAAUUAGUGAAUACGUUGGCGAUUUAGAAGCAGAAAUCUUUCGCUUGAAUGGAAAACGAUUUGCCAUAAAUUCGUCUCGACAAGUGGCACAGGCUCUGAAAAUUCGCAAAAAAAAUGGGUCAAUAGCAGCAAAGUGCACACGAGCCCAAUUGCUACCAUGCACAAAUCCAAUGGCCAAAUUAAUAUUGGAACAUCGCAGUUUAUAUGCCAUUCUUUCGAAAUCCAUUCAACCAUUGAUCAGGAAAUCCAAUGAUAAUAAUCGAAUUUAUGGCAGUAGUUACAGUUUUACACAAACCGGCCGAAUUUCGAUGUAUGAACCGAAUUUACAAAAUGUUGCCAAAGAUUUCCACACCGAAUUCAUUCCACGAGUAUUUUCAUGUCGCAACGCAUUCAUUGUGAAACCAAAGCGAAAGUUAAUUUCAGCCGAUUUUUGUCAAUUAGAAUUACGUGUAUUGGCACAUCUGUCGGAAGAUAAUGGACUCAUCAGUAUAUUCAACACAAUUGAUGAUGUAUUCAUAUCGAUUGCUGCGAAAUGGAAUAAAGUUCCAGAGUCAGAAGUAACAGAAAAGAUGCGAAAUGACACCAAACAAAUUUGCUAUGGUAUCAUUUAUGGAAUGGGCACAACGAGUCUCUCUGCAACAAUGAAAUGUGAUGAAAAAGAAGCACAAUUAUUACACGAAUCAUUCCAUCAAACUUAUCCGGGAAUACGGAAGUAUAUACAAAAAACUUUGAGUUUGGUUCGUCAAAAAGGUUUUGUUGAGACAAUUGCAGGACGCAGACGUUAUAUUUCAGAUAUAAACUCAAAUAAUUUAAGAAAACGUGCUCAAGCAGAACGACAAGCUGUCAAUACAACAAUACAAGGUUCAGCUGCUGAUAUUGCUAAACGUGCCAUUCUGCGAAUGGAACGCAAUUUAGAAAAAUACCAACCUGUAUUAAAAACGGACAAUGAUCCAAACAAUAGCAUUGACCUAGUUUUGCAUUUGCACGAUGAACUAUUAUAUGAGGUACCAUGCGAUAAAGACAAUCUAGUGGUAAAAAUUUUAAAAUCAAGUAUGGAAAAUUGCGCAAACCUUUUAGUGCCAUUAAGAGUGAAAGUAAAAGUGGGACAAAGCUGGGCAAACAUGAAAAAAAUUGGAUAAGAUAGAACAAGAAAUACUUCUUCACACAUAUGUUAUUGUAUUCAUUCACAAUUGAUCAAUUGAUCCUUUUUUUACAAAAAUAAACAAUAUAUCAGUUUGGUGCAGCUGCAAU